AUGGUUACCAGAAUAUUUUCCCUUUCUCUUGGCGUUACCCUAACUUUUGCAAGUUCAUAUUGAAUCCUAGCAUGAGUCGGAUUAGAAAUUAAUACACUAGCUAUUUUACCUCUUAUAAGCCAAACUAUAUACUCCCGCCCUGUUGAAGCAGCUACAAAAUACUUCCUAGCCCAAGCUGCUGCCUCCGCAUUAAUCCUUUUUGCCAUCAUAUUUAACGCUUGAACCACGGGUGAAUGGUCAAUCAACACAACAUCGGACCCCACCGCAAUUAAUGUAGCUACCCUAGGACUCGCUAUGAAAUUAGGGGUCGCCCCCCUCCACAUUUGGUUGCCAGAGGUCUUGCAAGGUGUAACUUUAACCACUGGCCUGAUUCUAUCCACCUGACAAAAGUUAGCCCCAUUUGCCCUUUUAUCUCAAUUAACACCCCACAAUCAAGAGGUGUUCCUCAUUAUGGGGUUAUUAUCAACCUUUAUUGGCGGCUGGGGUGGCUUAAAUCAAACUCAGUUGCGUAAACUUUUAGCCUAUUCCUCAAUUGCCCACUUAGGCUGAGUAUUUUUAAUUAUACAAUUCUCUAAGCCUCUUGCAUUAGUAACACUUUUUACUUAUUUUCUGAUAACCUUCUCCGUGUUUACUUUAUCUACUAUAUAUAAAGCUACAACUAUUAACUCCUUAUCCAUCUCUUGAUCUAAAGCACCUGCCCUUACUGCCCUAACCCCUUUAGUUAUCCUAUCCCUCGGAGGACUUCCCCCUCUGACUGGCUUUGGACCAAAGUGGAUGAUUUUGUUUAACCUUUCAAUGGCUGAUCUUAAUAUCCUGGCAGUCCUCGCAGCAUUCUCUUCCCUUAUUAGCUUAUACUUUUACCUCCGAUUAACAUAUGCAUUUACCCUGAUAACCCCUCCAAACAUCACACCUGGCGCAGCCUCUUGACGCUUAAUAAAUUUGCAUCUCACAAUACGCCUAGCUAUCCCAGUAACUUUAACACUGAUACUACUCCCCGUACUACCGAACAUUUUGUCCAUAUUCUUCUAAGAACACCACACGAGGGAUUAUUUUAAUUUAUACUAGGGGCCUUAAAAGACCCCUGUGGGAGUUAAAACCUCCUAACCCUUAUAAGACCUGCAGGUUAUUACCCCACAUCGACUGCGUGCAAAACAGACACUUUAAUUAAGCUAAAGCCUUACUAGACAGGCAGGCCUUUAUCCUACAAGUUCCUAGUUAACAGCUAGGCGCCCAAACCAGCGAGCAUCUGUCUACCUUUCCCCCGCCUUUAAAGGCGGGAAGGCGGGGGAAAGCCCCGGCAGACGUUAACCUGCUUCUUUAGAUUUGCAAUCUAACAUGUAACACCUCAAGGCUUGAUAAGAAGGGGGAUUAAACCCCUGUGUAUGGAGCUACAAUCCACCGCUUACUCAGCCACCUUACCUGUGAUAAUUUCUCGUUGAUUUUUCUCCACCAACCAUAAAGACAUUGGCACCCUUUAUUUAGUAUUUGGUGCUUGAGCUGGUAUAGUAGGUACUGCUCUUAGCCUCCUUAUUCGGACUGAACUCAGUCAACCAGGUGCUCUUCUUGGAGAUGACCAAAUCUACAACGUCACCGUGACUGCCCAUGCUUUCGUAAUAAUCUUUUUUAUAGUAAUACCAAUUAUAAUUGGGGGUUUUGGAAACUGACUUAUUCCUUUAAUAAUUGGUGCCCCUGAUAUAGCAUUUCCUCGUAUAAAUAAUAUAAGCUUCUGACUUUUACCCCCAGCUUUCCUUCUUUUACUUGCAUCCGCAGCUGUGGAAGCUGGAGCUGGUACAGGAUGAACAGUUUACCCCCCCUUAGCCGGCAACCUUGCCCAUGCCGGAGCUUCUGUUGACUUAACUAUUUUUUCUCUUCACCUGGCUGGUGUCUCAUCAAUUCUAGGGGCUAUCAACUUUAUUACCACUAUUAUUAAUAUGAAACCCCCUGCAAUUACACAAUACCAGACCCCUUUAUUUGUAUGAGCCGUUCUAAUUACAGCCGUACUUCUUUUAUUAUCCCUUCCUGUAUUAGCAGCUGGCAUUACCAUACUGCUCACUGACCGGAAUCUAAACACGACUUUCUUUGACCCCGCUGGAGGUGGAGACCCGAUCCUCUACCAACAUCUAUUCUGGUUCUUUGGUCACCCUGAAGUGUACAUUCUUAUCCUCCCCGGGUUCGGCCUUAUCUCACACAUUGUUGCCUAUUAUGCAGGUAAGAAAGAACCCUUUGGGUAUAUAGGAAUAGUUUGAGCAAUAUUAGCCAUCGGUCUUCUUGGAUUCAUUGUCUGAGCCCACCAUAUAUUCACAGUUGGGAUGGAUGUAGAUACCCGAGGUUAUUUUACUUCUGCUACAAUAAUUAUUGCUAUCCCCACAGGCGUGAAGGUGUUCAGCUGACUGGCCACUUUACAUGGCGGUUCAAUUAAAUGAGAGGCCCCUUUACUAUGAGCUCUUGGAUUUAUUUUCUUAUUCACUGUCGGAGGCUUAACAGGGAUCAUUUUAGCAAACUCUUCUUUAGAUAUCGUCCUCCACGACACAUACUAUGUAGUUGCUCACUUCCAUUAUGUCCUCUCCAUAGGGGCUGUAUUUGCAAUUAUAGGAGGUUUUGUGCACUGGUUUCCUCUAUUCACAGGCUACACCCUCCACGGAGGAUGAACUAAAGUACACUUCACAGUUAUAUUUACAGGUGUAAAUCUUACAUUUUUCCCACAACACUUCUUAGGCUUAGCUGGGAUACCACGUCGAUACUCAGACUACCCCGACGCCUACACCCUCUGAAACACAGUCUCCUCAAUUGGCUCACUAGUCUCACUUGUAGCAGUAAUUAUAUUCCUCUUUAUUAUCUGAGAAGCAUUUGCUGCUAAACGAGAAGUACAGUUUAUUCAACUCACAUCUACUAAUGUAGAAUGGCUGCACGGAUGCCCUCCCCCUUAUCACACAUUUGAAGAACCUGCUUUCGUCCGGGCUCUUCCACACAACGAGAAAGGAAGGAAUCGAACCUCCGUAAAAUAGUUUCAAGCCACUUACAUUACCACUAUGAUACUUUCUUAUAUAA